AUGGACGGGGUGGAUAGUGUGGCUAGCAUGGCUAGACCGGGUCGUGAAAUUAGGAUAACUCGUAAUGGUAUUCCUCCAAACUUGCUCCUCGUAGCUAGAGAAAAGGAAGAUGUCAAUGCUUUAAAUAAUUUUCCUGGUCAAUCUCAGAGGAAAUAUGACCCUUUCUCUAAUACUUAUAAUGAAGGUUGGCUUGAUCAUCCUAACCUUAGGUAUGGACCUAGACCAUCAUUUUCUCAAUCUAAUCAAACUAGGCUAUUUGUUCAACAUAAUUCACAACAACAAUCUGGUUCAUCAUUAGAAGACUUAGUGAAACAAUUGACUACCCAAAUUGGACAAGUUCAUAGUCAAGGUGUCCAAUAUCAGAAGAAAACUGACACUUACCUACAUCACAUAGACAAUCAAAUAGGUCAAAUUAGCACUUCUCUUAGUAAUUUGGAAUCUCAACUUUCAAAUAGGCUCCCUUUUCAAACACUUGCCAAUCCAAAUGAACAUGCUAAAGCUAUAACACUUAGGAGCAGUAAGGAGUUAAAGGUACCUAAAAUAAAGAAUAGAGAAAUAGAGAAAAAGGUAGAAGUCAGACCUAAGGAUGUAUUUUGUGAAAGUAAGGAAAAACAUGAUAAAGAGAGUGAGAAAGAACCUAUAGGGAAGGGUAAUUCUGAUGUGAAAUUUGAUGUACCCCCUUUCCCCUCUCGAUUUGCUAAAGUUAAGAAAGAAGCCCUUGACAAUGAAAUACUUGAAACAUUUAGAAAGGUUGAAGUAAAUAUCCCUCUUCUUGAUGCUAUUAAACAUAUACCUAGGUAUGCUAAGUUUUUAAAAGAGCUAUGUACUAACAAAAGGAACUUCAAGCCUUGUGAAAAGGUAAGAAUGGGUGAGAACAUAUAUGCUGUGAUUCAAAAGAAACUUCCCUCAAAAUGCAAAGACCCUGGCAUGUUUUCUAUCCCAUGUAAAAUUGGUAACUCGAAAUUUGAAAGAUGCAUGUUAGACUUAGGUGCCUCAAUUAAUGUCAUGCCUCAAUCUGUUUAUGAUACUUUGAAUAUGGGUCCUUUGUCUAAAACUAAUGUUAUUAUCCAAUUAGCUGAUAGAUCUAAUGCAUUUCCUAUGGGAGUUUUGGAAGAUGUACUUGUUCAAGUGAAUGAACAAGUUUUUCCUGCUGAUUUUUAUGUGCUUGAUAUGGGUGAUAGAUCUGAUAGUGUUCCUUUAUUGUUGGGUCGACCUUUUCUAAAGACUUCCAAAACUAAAAUUGAUGUUCAUGAAGGUAAUUUGACAAUGGAAAUUGAUGGCGAAAUGAUUAAAUUCAACAUAUUUGAUGCUAUGAAAUACCCUAAUGAUAUCAGUAAUGUUAAAUCUAUAGAUUCAUAUGAUGCAUGUGAUUGGAUGGCUCAGGAUGUUUUUGAUGAAUGGUGUGAAAAUUUAUUUGAAAAUGGUGUGUUUGGUGAUUUUAAGAAAACGAAAAUGGUUGAUUCUUUUGUAGUUUCGUCUAAUGUGAUUGAAACUGAUGCUUCUGAUGGAUGCAAAAAGUCUUUACCUUCUGUUGUGCCUAAAUUGAUUCCUUCUAUUGCUAAGCCACCAGAAUUAGAAUUGAAACCCCUUCCCUCUAAUUUGAAGUAUGCUUAUUUGGGUGAUAAUGAGACUCUACCUGUGAUUAUUUCAAGUUCUUUAAAUGAAUCUCAAGAGACCAGGUUAUUGAAUUUGCUUAAAAAUCACAAGGAAGUCUUAGGAUGGACUUUAGCCGACAUAAAAGGCAUUAGUCCCGCCAUGUGCAUGCAUAAAAUUUUUCUUGAAAAAGAUGCUAAACCAACUAGAGAGGCUCAACGUAGAUUAAAUCCUUCAAUGAUGGAAGUAGUUAAUAAGGAAAUUCUAAAAUGGUUAGAUGCAGGAGUGAUAUAUCCUAUUUCCGAUUCUCAAUAG